GUCCGGGGAUUGGCUAGGCCUCCGCUGCGGGGCGGGGCCUACGGGCCCAGGGCUGGACCCGAGGCAGAAGCGGGCAAAGCUUGGGUGGGGCUUUGGGUGAGGACUUCAUGGGCACAGCUUCAGUGGGAGCACUCCCAUCCAAGGGACUCUGGGGGCGUGGCUUGGAGUAAGGUCCCCCGGGACUGGACCCAUGGGCGCUUGGGGGCGUGGCUUAGAGUGAGGCACCAAGGGACUGGACGUGCCACUGCCCAGGGGCGUGGCCUGGAUGAGGUACCCUGGGACUGGGCCCGUGUGUGUCCGGGGGUGUGGCUUAGAGUGAGGCAUCCUGGGACUGGACCUGCAGGUGCCUGGGGGCGUGGCUUGGCGUGAGGGGCUCUGUGGUUGUAGCUUGGAUGGAUGGAGGCACCCGGGGGCCAAGUCUCCAGGCAUGCUGGGGGAUGUGAUUUGGCAUGAGGCGGCGAGAAGGCGAUGGUGCCGACUCCGAGGUGGGUCAAGGGCCGGCACAGGAGUCGCAAUCCUCGGACCCUCCCGCGCUCCAGUUCCGGAUAAGCGAGUACACGCCGCUCAACAUGGUAGGAGGGGAGCAGCCCCAGAGCGCGGAGCUGAGGCGGGAAAGCGUGACCCGAUACGAAGAUGGCGGGGCUCCAACGGGAGAUGGCGAUGCGGGCACCCAACAGCCUGAGGACCUCCCCCAGAAUCCUCCAGAAGAUCCCCCUCAGGAUCCCCCCAAGGAUGAUAGCACCUGUCAGUGCCAGGCCUGUGGGCCUCAGCAAGGCGCCGGUCCAGAUCUUGGUUCCUCCAGUGAUGGCUGCCCUCAGCUCUUCCAGGAGCGGUCAGUCAUAGUGGAGAAUUCCUCAGGCCGUGGCAGCGCUUCUGAGCUUCUCAAACCCAUGAAGAAGAGGAAGCACAGGGAAUACUACAGCCCAUCAGAGGAGGAGUCUGAACUAGAAGCCAUGGAGAAGCAAGAAGAAAGAAAGGAUCCAGAGGGACAACCCACCGCUAGUACCCCAGAGAGUGAGGAGUGGAGCAGCAGCCAGCCUGUGACAGGUGAGAAGAAGGAAGGCUGGUCAUGGGAGUCCUACCUAGAGGAGCAGAAGGCCAUCACUGCCCCAGUCAGCCUCUUCCAGGACUCCCAGGCAGUCACUCAUAACAAGAAUGGCUUCAAACUGGGGAUGAAAUUGGAAGGCAUUGACCCUCAGCACCCAUCCAUGUACUUCAUCCUCACCGUGGCUGAGGUGUGUGGCUACCGCCUACGUCUGCACUUUGAUGGGUAUUCCGAGUGCCAUGACUUCUGGGUCAAUGCCAACUCCCCUGACAUUCACCCUGCUGGCUGGUUUGAGAAGACUGGGCACAAGUUGCAGCCUCCCAAAGGUUACAAGGAAGAGGAGUUCAGCUGGAGCCAGUACCUGCGAAGCACAAGAGCUCAGGCUGCCCCCAAGCACCUGUUUGUGAGCCAGAGCCACAGCCCCCCACCCCUGGGCUUCCAGGUGGGCAUGAAGCUGGAGGCUGUUGACCGCAUGAACCCGUCCCUCAUCUGUGUGGCCAGUGUGACCGACGUGGUGGACAGCCGCUUCUUGGUGCACUUUGACAACUGGGAUGAUACUUACGACUACUGGUGUGAUCCCAGCAGUCCCUAUAUCCACCCGGUGGGCUGGUGCCAGAAGCAAGGAAAACCCCUUACCCCUCCACAAGACUACCCAGACCCUGACAGCUUCUGUUGGGAGAAAUAUCUGGAAGAAACUGGGGCCUCUGCUGUGCCCACCUGGGCCUUCAAGGUGCGACCCCCUCAUAGCUUCCUGGUCAACAUGAAGCUGGAGGCUGUGGACCGAAGGAACCCAGCCCUGAUCCGUGUGGCCAGUGUGGAAGAUGUGGAGGACCAUCGGAUAAAGCUCCAUUUUGACGGCUGGAGUCAUGGCUAUGAUUUCUGGAUCGAUGCUGACCACCCAGACAUCCACCCUGCGGGCUGGUGCUCCAAGACAGGACAUCCCCUACAGCCUCCUCUCCGCCCCAAAGAGUCCAGCUCUGCCUCCCCUGGGAGCUGUCCCCCUCUCAGCUAUCGGAAUCUGCCCAACACUAAGACCUCCAAAUACAGCUUUCACCACCGGAAGUGCCCCACUCCUGGUUGUGACGGCUCUGGCCAUGUCACAGGCAAGUUCACGGCUCACCACUGCCUGUCGGGCUGCCCACUGGCCGAGAGGAACCAGAGCCGGCUGAAAGCAGAGCUGUCUGACACAGAAGCUUCAGCCCGCAAGAGGAAUCUCUCAGGCCCGUCCCCUAGGAAGAAGCCUCGCCAUCACGGCCGAAUUGGACGCCCUCCCAAGUUUCGGAAGAUUCCACAGGAAGAUUUCCAGACACUCACCCCUGGUGUCAUGCAACAGUCCCUCUUCAUGUCUGCCUUGUCUGCCCACCCUGACCGCUCACUCUCAGUGUGCUGGGAGCAGCACUGCAAGCUCCUGCCAGGAGUGGCAGGUAUCUCGGCCUCGACCGUCACCAAGUGGACCAUCGAUGAGGUCUUCGGCUUUGUUCAGACCCUGACAGGUUGUGAGGACCAAGCACGCGUCUUCAAAGAUGAGAUGAUUGACGGCGAGGCCUUCCUUUUGCUGACACAGGCGGACAUUGUGAAGAUCAUGAGCGUCAAGCUGGGCCCAGCCUUGAAGAUCUAUAACGCCAUUCUCAUGUUCAAAAAUGCUGAUGACACCUUAAAGUGACUGGCUGAGGGCUGGGCCCUCCUCCUUGCUGAGCCUCCCUCUCCAGCUGAUGCUUCCUCCCUGACUUGUGUUCCCAUAUCCCACUGUGCCCCCACCCUCUGUCUCUGACCAGGGUUGGUCCUUCCCAGAAGGGGCAUGGGAGCAGAGGAGCCCCGGGAGGGUGGGAUCCUGGCCCUGGAGUCCUGGGGUUCAUUUGCCAUCAGGUGCACCAGUGAGGGUGUGACUGGGCCGGGGUGUUACUGACAGAGUAGGUUGGAGGCCCUGCCUGUGGUGGCCCCACACCCCCAGCUGACUUGUUUUAUCACCAAAGGGUCUUUUUCUUAAUGGUUAAGACGAGUCUGGUAGAGCAGGAGUCUUCUGAUCUGAGGUCCUUUCCCCUUUUUGGCAUCUCCACGCACUUUUCUAUCCUUGGCUCCUUUCCUCCUACCAAGAAGUGACCCUGCCAUGAACAUACUUACUCCUGAAGUCAUCACCUUUCUGUCUGCCUGUUUUGCUGCCCUCAUUCUUGCAUCCUGGUUUCCUGGGCAGGGCCCCCAGCCAGAACCCACGAAUUCUUCCCCCUUAGAUGUAUGAACCUCAGAAACAUGUGUUCAUAUGAUCCA